GACGGCGUCGCCGAGGCCCUGUAGGCGCGCAUGCGUGCAGCGCCGUGGAGGCGGCGGCUUCGUCGGCGUCGGGACUGGAGGCUCAGUGGUAAACUGUGUGGGGCGCAAAUGGGAUCCGGCUGGUAGUCGGUUCGGCAUAGCUUUGUGUUAUUCUUGGAAAAUUUCGCACCACUUGUGAAUUCCUUGAACCUGGGCAUUGCAAACCCACUUCUGUUGGGCCCAUCUCCUUUGCACUUUGCUCAGAUUAAGACUCAAUUGGCGCUUCAGCAGCUGAAUGCCGUUGCCUCACAUAGUUCAACACCACCUUAUACUUUAUUAAAUCAGGCUUUCUUGAAAAUAGCCAUGUCGAGACCCAGGUUUAAUCCUCGAGGAAACUUUCCACUUCAGAGACCACGAGUACCUAACCCUCCUGGGAUGAGGCCUCCAGGACCAUUUAUGAGGCCGGGAGCUAUGGGUCUUCCAAGAUUUUACCCAGCAGGGAGAGCCCGUGGAAUUCCACCCAGAUUUGCUGGCCAUGAAUCUUAUCAGAACAUGGGACCACAGAGAAUGAAUGUUCAGGUAACUCAGCACCGAACUGAUCCAAGAUUGACCAAAGAAAAAUUGGAUUUUCAUGAAGCACAACAAAAGAAAGAGAAGCCUCAUGGUAGCCGGUGGGAUGAUGAGUCUCAAAUACCUGCAUCAGUGGCAGUGAAACAGAGUCCUAUAACACAGGUUACAGAGCAGAGUCCUAAAGUGCAGAGCCGCUAUACAAAAGAGAGUGCCUCAAGUAUCUUAGCAAGUUUUGGAUUAUCUAAUGAAGAUUUAGAAGAACUCAGUCGCUAUCCUGAUGAACAGCUAACUCCUGAAAAUAUGCCGUUAAUUCUGAGGGAUAUAAGAAUGCGAAAAAUGGGGCGCCGAUUACCUAAUUUACCUUCUCAGAGCAGAAAUAAAGAAACACUUGGUAGCGAGGCAGUUUCAAGUAAUGUGAUUGAUUAUGGGCAUGCAAGCAAAUAUGGCUAUACAGAAGAUCCACUUGAAGCACGUAUUUAUGAUCCUGAAAUUCCAACUGAUGAGGUCAAGAAUGAUUUUCGGUCACAGCAGAGCAUUUCUGCAUCUGUUCCUGCACCAAAUGUGAUAUGUAAUUCUAUGUUUCCUGUUGAAGAUGUGUUUCGACAGAUGGACUUCCCCGGUGAGUCCUCCAAUAAUCAGUCCUUUUUCCCAGUUGAGAGUGGAACUAAGAUGCCAGGUUUACACAUUACAGGAAGACAGCCAGUCCUUGAACCUGUAAAAUGUGUCAGCCAGUCCAUUAGCCAAACAGUUAACCAGGCAAUGAGUUGGUCUCUGAUUCCUCCAUCUAUGAACCAGCAACCUUUUUCAUCAGAAUUAAUUCCAGCUGUAAGCCAGCAAGAGCGGAUCCCACGUGAGCCUGUGAUUAAUUCAUCUAAUGUCCACAGACCAGGAGGAAAUAAAAAGAAUUAUCAGUCGGAGGCUGACAUCCCCAUUCGGUCACCCUUUGGGAUUGUGAAAGCAUCUUGGCUCCCCAAGCUUUCCCAUGCUGAUGUCCAAAAGAUGAAGAGACUACCAACUCCUUCUAUGAUGAAUGACUAUUAUGCAGCAUCUCCAAGAAUAUUUCCACAUUUCUGUUCUCUCUGUAACGUAGAAUGUAGUCAUUUAAAGGAUUGGAUUCAGCAUCAAAAUACAUCUACUCAUAUUGAGAGCUGCCGACAGUUACGUCAACAACAGAGUGGAAGGGAGGGAGGAGGGGGGGAGAGAGAGAGAGAAAGAAACAUCGACGAGAAAGAGACACAUCUAUUGGCCUCGUGCAUGUGCCCCGACCUCAGCCGGGGAUGGAACUCGCAACUGAGGUAUCCUGAUUGGAAUCCUGAGAUCCUCCCAUCAAGAAGAAAUGAAGGCAACAGAAAAGAAAAUGAAACUCCAAGAAGACGUUCUCAUUCCCUCAGUCCUAGACAUUCUAGGAGAUCAAGCUCAAGUCACAGAUUCCAUCGAUCUCGAAGCCCACCACGUUACAUGUAUAGACCAAGAAGUCGAAGUCCAAGAAUUUGCCAUCGUUACAUUUCUAGAUACAGAUCCAGGUCCCGUUCACCAUAUCGAAUGAGAAAUCCCUUUAGAGGUAGUCCAAAAAGCUAUCGAUCAGUUAGCCCUGAAAGGAUAUCAAGGAGAUCAGUGAGAUCAUCAGAUAGAAAAAGAGCAUUAGAAGAUGUAGCACAACGAUCAGGGCAUGUGCCAGAAUCCAAUAAAGAGAAGCAUUUUGAAGCAGUUGAUAAAGGACAGUUACCAGCACAAAAGGCUAAAACUGGAAGUGGAUCAAAGUCAUCAGUUAAAUCUAUAAGCUCUACAAAGAAUGAUUCAAAUUUAGGAGGACAUUCUACUCGUCACAAAUCAAAGAAUCUUGAAGAUGCCACCUUAUCAGAAUGUAAACAGAUGUCUGAUAAAGCUGUUUCUGUCCAGCGUAAGUCUCGGAAAGACCAACCUUUGUAUUACGGUUCCGUUCUUCUUAUAUCUGAAUUACCAGAGGAUGGCUAUACUGAAGAAGAUAUUAAAAAACUAUUUCAACCAUUUGGAAAAGUUAAUGAUGUCCUAAUUGUUCCAUAUAGAAAAGAGGCUUACCUGAAAAUGGAAUUUAAGGAGGCAGUCACUGCAGUCAUGAAGUAUAUUGAAACAACACCUCUUUUGGUAAAUGGGAAAAAUGUGAAAGUAUGUGUUCCAGGAAGGAAAAAAGCACAGAACAAAGAGGUGAAGGAAAAGACAGAUUCAAAGAAAACAUCUGCUUUAAAAAAAGAUACAGAUGCCUCCAAAGCUGUUGAAAUUGUGAAGUCAGCUUCUGCUACCAAAACUGGACAAGCUAAAGCAUCUGUAGGCAAAGUGAAUAAAUCUUCAGGGAAAUCAGCGGGUUCUGUAAAAUCUGUGAUAACAGUAGCUGCUAAAGCUAGUAAAACUUCAACCAAAACAGCAAAGUCCAGUGGAAAGAAGUCUCUAGAAGUCAGAAAGGCUGGCAUUGUCAAAAACAAAGAUGCCAAUAAACCUCUGACUGUACAAGAAAACUCUGAAAUAAAGACCAGUUUGGAACUCAAAGCCACUGAAAAUAGUGCUAAAGAAACUAUUUCAGAAGCUGCUUUGGUGGUAACAGAAAAUGAAACAGUUAAUAACAAGGAAACAGAGGAAAUGUGUGUGGUACUUAUUUCUAAUUUGCCAAAUAAAGGAUAUUCUAUAGAAGAAGUUUACAACCUAGUAAAACCAUUUGGUGAUGCAAAGGAUAUUUUGAUUUUAUCAUCUCAUAAAAAGGCUAUUAUAGAAAUAAAUAGAAAAUCUGCAGAUUCUAUGAUAAAAUUUUAUACCUGCUUCCCAAUAUCAGUGGAUGGAAAUCAACUCUCAAUAAGUAUGGCUCCUGAAAACAUGAGUGUAAAAGAUGAGGAAGCUAUAUUUACAGCCUUGAUUAAAGAAAAUAAUCCAGAGGCAAACAUAGAAAAAAUACACAAUCGAUUUAUACAUCUUAAUAACUUACCAGAAGAUGGACUUCAGUGUGUACUAUGUGUUGGACUUCAGUUUGGAAAAGUGGAUCACCAUAUAUUCUUGAGUAAUAAAAACAAGGCAAUUCUUCAGUUAGAUAGUCCUGAAUCUGCUCAGUCAAUGUACAGCUUUCUGAAACAAAAUCCACAGAACAUAGGUGACUAUGUAUUGACCUGUACAUUAUCUCCAAAGGUGAACUCAUUAGAGGCUCAAGCUGAGAAAGACCAAGAACUAGGAAAAGAAAGCCCUGACUUGAAAAACAAUCCAGUUGAUGAAAGUGAGGUGCAAACAGCAGCUGAUAGUCCCUCUGUUAAACCUAGUGAGGUUGAAGAAGAAACUAUUCCCAGCAUUCAAACAGAAACUUCUGUACAACAGGAAGAGUUUUGUGAGGAAGAACCUGACAGAAUACUAUGUGACUCUGACUUUGCUAUUGAAACAUUGGAAAUUGAAACUCAAGGAGAGGAGGCAAAAGUGGAAAUUCCUCUUGUAGAAUCCAUUCCAACCAAUAUUGAAUUAUUCACCGAAAAUGUAGAGGAGUCCCUUUUAAAUCAGCAGGUGUAUACCAGUGACUUUGGGAAGGAAGAAGCAGAAAUUAUUAAAGCUGAAACAGAAGUAGCAACAUCUGACAGUGCAUUUAUAGAAGAAAGGAACAUCCAAGGAAUUCUAGAAGAACCUCCAUCUGAAGCAGAAGACUUCUUUUCUGGGAUUACACAGGCUAUGAUAGAAGCUAUAGCUGAAGUGGACAAACAUGAAACUGUUUCAGAAAUAGUACCAUCUACUUGUGUUGUGACCCUGGUACCAGGAAUUUCCACUGGGGAUGAGAAGACAAUGAGCAAAAACGGAAUUUCUGAAAAAAGUAACAUGGAUGAACAGGAGGAGAAUGAAUUUAAUACUAAGGAAACCAAAAUGGAUCUGCAGAUAGGAACAGAGAAGGCUGGAAAGAAUGAUGCUGGGAUGGUUGCAGAGAAGGUGGAAAAGAUUGUGGUAGCAACGAAAGAAAAGCCUGCAGAAAACACUGGGAUCAAGGCAUACCCGAAUAAAGGAGUGUGCCAGGCCAGUAAGCCUGAUGACACUAGUAGAACUAGUAUGCUGGCUACCUCAAAUGCACCUAGCAGUAAAUCAAGCAUCAAGGCUGGUAUGGUCUCUUCUCCAAAGGCAAAAACUACAGCUUCCAAAUCUGAAAACCAGAGAAGUUUUCUAAAACCUGUACUCAGAGAUCAAAUAAAUGCUGAAAAGAAACUUUCAGCCAAGGAAUUGGGUCUUAAACCUGCAAGCGCCAGAUUGGCUGAAAACAGCAGUAAAAUCAAAUCUACUCAAAGCGGUAUUACCAGAGGAGGCAGUGGAAGGAUCUCAGCUCUGCAAGACAAGGAUUCUAAACUGGAUUACAGGGAUAUUACAAAACAGUCUCAGGAAACAGAGGCUAGACCUUCCACCAUGAAACGGGAUGACAGCAACAAUAAGACUUUGGUUGGGCAAAACACCAAGAAUCCUAAAAGCACCACUGGUAGAAGUUCCAAAUCUAAAGAGGAACCAUUAUUUCCAUUUAAUUUGGAUGAAUUCGUUACUGUGGAUGAGGUUAUAGAAGAAGUGAAUCCUUCGCAAGCCAAACAGAAUCCACUAAAGGGAAAAAGGAAAGAAGCUCUCAAAAAUAUCCCUUCCUCUGAACUUAUUGUAAAGAAGAAGAAAGGGAAAACUUCUGCCCCGCAUGUUGUCGAGGGAGAAUUAUCUUUUGUAACAUUGGAUGAGAUUGGGGAAGAGGAAGAUGCACAUCUAGCACAAGCUCUAGUCACUGUAGAUGAAGUUAUUGAUGAAGAAGAAAUAAAUAUGGAAGAAAUGGUAAAAAAUUCAAAUUCACUUCUUACAUUAGAUGAGUUAAUUGAUCAAGACGAUUGCAUAUCCCACAGUGAACCUAAAGAUGUUAUUGUACUGUCGGUGGCUGAAGAACAAGAUCUUCUCAAACAGGAACGCUUGGUGACUGUGGAUGAAAUUGGAGAAGUAGAGGAGCUACCUUUAAAUGAAUCAGCAGACUUAAAUUUUGCCACUUUAAAUACUAAAGGAAAUGAGGAAAAUACUGGAAGUGAGUCCAUUGACUUCAUUUCUUCCCAGAUGCCUGAAGACCCUUCUACUUUGGUUACUGUAGAUGAAAUACAGGAUGACAGCAGUGAUCUGCACUUGGUGACUUUGGAUGAAGUAAAUGAAGAGGAUGAAGACUCUGUGGCAGACUUUAAUAACCUUAAAGAAGAGCUUAACUUCGUUACUGUUGAUGAAGUUGGAGAAGAGGAAGAUGGAGAUGAUUUAAAAGUUGAAUUAGCACAAAGCAAAAAUGAACAUCCCACAGAUAGAAGAGGGGAUAGGAAAAAGAGAGCUAUGGACACAAGGAAGACAAAACUUGAAGCCUUGUCCCAAGUGGGUCCAGUAAGUGUGAAUGUUACGGAAGAAGAUCUGAACACCAUGAUUGAGAGGCACUUAGCAGCUAAAAUGCCAACCAAGAGAGUUAGAAUUGGGACAACUCCACCAUUGGAAAACGCAGUUGAGACAGAACCAGAGCAAGAUAAAGAAGAGGCCUACCAAAUUAGUGAAGUCGGUGAAGAAUCUGACUUUAAGGAUUCAGAACCAGAACGAAAACGCAAGAAGAUGGAGGACCCUUCUUUAGGGACACCAGUGGCAGCUGAUGUCUCCAAAGAUUUAGACUUUCUUGUACCGAAGCCUGGAUUCUUCUGUCCAAUUUGUUCCCUCUUCUACUCAGGGGAAAGAGCAAUGACAAAUCACUGCAAGAGUACACGUCAUAAGCAAAAUACAGAGAAGUUCAUGGCCAAGCAAAGAAAGGAAAAGGAGCAGAAUGAGGUUGAAGAAAGAAGCUCAAGCUCUAGGUGAUUGGGGAAAAAUUUGUUAGAAAUUUGUUUAGGGUCCAGUUGAUUUGUGUAUUUUUGUUAUCACUAAUUUGUAAUUUUUGUUUCAGAAGCAAAUAUUCAUGUUGUAUAAAUUUCUGAUUGACCUUGAUGUAGAGAGACUGAUGGGGAAAGUAUGAUGUGUUUGAUUUUUAUAUCAAAUCAUCAGGCAUGGAGAAAUAUCUUUUAGAAGUGUUAAAAUAAAUGUUCCUACUGUAUAUUUAAAAUAC